AUGAACACACGAUUUUGGGACCAGACCGGCUCCUUCCCGCGUGUUGCCCUGUGCGACUUCGAGCUGCGUCGUAUGGGCAGCAACCAGCAUCGCUACACCAUCCAGUGUGUCCUCCGCAUCAACAUCUUCAAUGAAAAAAUCUACAUUUUUCUCUGGUUUUGGUUCUUCCUCAUUUCCAUCCUUAAUCUUUUCAGUUUUCUUCGGUGGUGCUACAAACUUCUGCUGAGUUCAGUAAGAAUACUCUUCGUCAGAAACCUCAUCUGCAUUUAUUUUAACAUCGUCGCUGCCAAAUCGCAACUCCCACCUAUGGUCCUGUCGGAUGAUAAGGACAAGGAGAAGCAGAAAUGCCAGCUCUCAAUUGCCGAUGUCUUUAAGACCAGGGACGAUUUACAAGCCUCUCGGGUAUUCUCCGAGGAUAUUCUCGGUCAGGAUGGGGUGCUUUUGUUGCGCUUUAUCAACAUGAAUGUGGGGCCGUCAUCUGCAGCUGAAUUGGCUGGCGUGAUUUGGAUCAAGUACCGAAAAACCGCAGUUUUUAUCAACGGAACCACCUCGUCAGGAGUCGAGGAUUUUGUUUUUGCAAAUGUAGCUGCAGGUGGCAUUGAAAGACCUCCGGCGAUCCCUCCCAAAAGUCACAGAUCUCUCACCCAUGGGAAGAGGAAGAAACCCACAAUUAUGCCCCUGUCGGCAUUCAUUUACCGCAGCAGACAUAUUGAGGACAACGACAGUGAUAAAUCCACCGAUUCGUCACGUCCAACAAUCGAAAUGUUACAGGAACAUAGGCGAUAUAAGCCAAUGAGUCGGAAACGUGGCAAUUACUUCUCAGACGCUGACGAUGAAAACGGUCAAAUGUCUGUUGUUCAUGAGAACUAUGGACCUGAAGAAUUUUUGGACAUUCAUGACCUACCCGAACCGGAAGCUGGACAGGAGGCUGAGGACAUUGUGUCGGAAUACCGAUCUUUUGACGAUUAUUAG